CCCAACAUUGUAGUCGUCGCGAAGAAUAGGUGAUCAAACUGCUAUCGGGAGAGGUGUGCGUAUCUAAAUAAUUGAUAAUGAGCAGUAAUUCUAGGGARGACUGCGACGUUUUCGAGACAGAACGAAAGGAUUAUCYCUCUGAUCAUGAGGUAUUAUCAACUGACAUCGGUCACAAUAGUGACGAAGUUGAUGCAUCAGACUCGMCACAAUAUAUUUCGAUGAAAAAGAACACGGCGCUUGAUUACCACGAGGACGAUCUCUCACCCGCUACAUCAAUUAAGACCUGUCCCAUUUGCUUCAACCCGGCCAAAGAAUUUGUGAGCGGGCCGUGCCRCCACUCACUUUGCGUGGAAUGCAUGGAAUCGGUGCUUUAUGCCAAUGGUGCUSUCGAGCGAUGGCCACCGCCAGCUGCGGCCGAUACGCAYCUUUCUGCUCCAACCCUCGGAAGAUGCCCAAUAUGCAGGUCCGUAUUAUCCCUCUUCGAAGUUGUGAAUACCAAAACACUGGAACCAUUGUAUCCACCUGAUACCGAGUCAUGGAAACCACAUGAAGAAGACGAGAACUCCAUAAGGAAAUUGGUCAAAAAUUGUUCAUCUCCUUCRCAUCCGCUUGAAAAUGCAGUCUAUAUCCCCUACCGAGGCAUCCCGGGGGAGCUUUCCUUUCAUUGGGAUUGGAGGAAACUCAAGCCACCUGACGAAGAAUACGAGAUCACCCAGAGGCCGUUUUUGAACCUGACUUUGGCCAUUCGAAGAAGGCCACAAUUUUGGCGAUUAGAGGAUCAGAGUAUCGCGCCUCCCAUUAUUUUUAUGGAAGAAGGGUGCCACUUUCAUGAACCCUCGAGAACGUUUCACGGCACAAUAUUGUGGCCCUUCCCGCUAAAGGGAUCAUACGAAUGGGACAUCAUACUUGGAUUUUCAAAAGACUAUCGAUUUAUAUCGUCCGGUAGGAUCCAUCACAAGCGAGGGCGCAUUUUGAAACCAGGAGAUAUUCCCAAGACAUACACCAACGAGGAAAGGGAAUURUGCAAAAAUCCUAUGGAUGGACGAUGGACAGUCGUGUGGAAAAAUCAGUUUGGAGAGGAGCAACGCAACGAAAUUAACGUGAUCAAUAAUGAAUUCAAGCAGGCACGGUGGUCUUUCUAUCUCAAUUUUCAGGAUCCCAGUAACGUAUUCGUGCAAUGGCCAAGAUCUAAGCACCGACAGACCAUCGUAGAAGGAAUUGAUCUUAUACGAAAGCCUUUGGGUCCUCGCCCGGGCGAUAAGAUCAGAUGGGUGGCGAGCGAUCAAAAUGCACCGGAACUUUUUUGGAUUCGGCAGACGAUCGGGCCUGUGGCYACGGAGAAGGUUCAUCAUUACGGGAUGGGCGAAGACAAAUUUCUUUACCAACGAUUGGACGCUGAAAUGCGCAAUUGUAUCCCAAAGUACAAUGGUUCCUCGGUUUGGGGCAACAUUUUUAUCAAACGUAUGUGCAUUGGAAGUGCUUCGUAUCACUUUUUGUCUCCGACCGACUCUUUUAUUUCGUAUCGACACCCCGCCUGUCGCGAUUUGCCCCCCUUGGACGAUGGCUCUCCGUUGCCAACCCGCGUUAAUUUUCAUAACGUAAAAUGGAACAAAGAAGAUAGGAUAUUGACUGCCUCUAUCGAAUGGGAAAAAGACUUUGGUACAUCCUGGAAYGAUAAUAUACGAUGGAARYUUACAAUGUAUUUUGAUGAAGAGUUCAUGGUAAUUCUAAAGGGUGGGAUUCAGGUCGAAUGGUGCCGCGAACGCCGMGCCCGGCCGCGCCCUCCACGUCCUGAACCRCGCCAUCGUCCUGCACCUGUACCGGUAUACGUGCCCCCCCCCGAAGAAAACCCGGAAACAACAGCAACCCCAGAUCGCAACGAAGAGUGGGUAAUGUCGGGAUACGGAUACGAUCAAGUGUACGUCAACGCGGCAAGCUUGGAGAGAUACAGAACAGUGGAAAGAUGUCGUCGGSRAGAUGGAUUGGACUUUUUGCGUGGAGAUACGGAAUGUAAUGAGGAAGAAAUUGAAGUAGAUUUCGAAGCAAUAGCAGAGCUACACCAACAACGACUGGAGAAAGAGGGAGCCACCGAACGUUCGAUAGGAUUUUUGUCACACCUAUUCAAACUGGCUGAYCACAAUCCGAACGUUAACCCUAUCGAUUUCCUAUUGUAGUAAUCUAGUAAGAAUAAUAKAAAUAUCAUAAA